CUGAAGACCGCAUUGCUUGUGGCUCGAUCUCCAGUCUGAAACGCCUCUCUGAUACCUACCCGCAGGCUCAUACAACCUGGACAGCUAUGUGUCCGUCUCCGGCUUGUCCUCUGGAGCUUACAUGGCCAAUCAGUUCCACGUCGCUCACUCCGGGAAAGUUCUGGGAGCCGCUAUGUUUGCAGGAGGUCCCUACUACUGUGCCAUCGGGAACUCGCUGACUGCGACCAACGCGUGUAUGAAGUUUCCCUCCACCAUCAGCGUUUUGCCCCUUAAAGUUUACACUGAAACAUGCGCAAAAACAGGAUUAAUAGACCCCCUGUCCAAUCUGGCGCGUGGGCGAGUGUUCAUCUUCUCUGGCUCUGCGGACUCUGUCCUCCUACAAGGGGUGGCUAAAAAACUGCAGGACUAUUAUACAUCGUAUAUUACAAGCUCUGGGGCCGUUAAAACCGUUUAUAACAUCGGCGCUGAGCAUGGCAUGCCCACGGACAGCUACGGGGGACCCUGCGGGGUACUGAACGGUGACUAUAUUAACAACUGCAACUACAAUGGCGCCUACGAGGCGCUGAACCACAUCUACGGGGGGCUGCAGAAACCCAGCAGCACCGCGGGACAAACCGGACAGUUGAUCUUGUUUGACCAGUCCGAAUAUUUCAAGUUGGCGCCCACGAUAACCUAUGGGAUGGAUACAGCCGGCUACGUAUAUGUGCCAACAGCGUGCAAGAACGGAGCAAGGUGCAGACUUCAUAUAGCGUUCCACGGCUGUCUCCAGGGCAGGGAGAAAGUCGGUGAGAAAUUUGCCCGGUACGGCGGCUACAACCAGGUGGCAGACCUCAAUAACUUCAUCAUCCUGUAUCCUCAGGCCAGAUCCAUCCUGACCAACCCUAAUGGAUGCUGGGACUGGUGGGGAUUUACUGGAAUCGCAUACGCUACCAAGGACUCUUUCCAGGUGACCGGGGUGGAGCGGAUGAUGCGCAGAGCUCAGGGACUGUAUUAAGUGAGCGACAAGAAAAACGCGUCUACACAAGAAUCCUAUAUUCUCCAGCCCAUGACACGAAACCUCCGUGUGACAUCUUUGUGUAUACAUUGCAAUACGGCGGCACAACGCUUUCUAUGGCUUCAUUGACUUUAAUCUCUUAUAUAAGACAUAUAAUAUCCAGGUAGCACAAAGUAAAAGACCUGCGGUGAGGUUAGAGAUGAGUAGUAUUUAAAUUUGUACAAAAGCCUUCACGCCCGUCUCCACGGCUAUACACCCGAGAUUGCGAUCCACACCAGCUGCAUUUUGAUGGACAGAUUGUCAUAUUGUGAGAAAGAUGGGAGAAAGGGGUGGGGCUAGAACUCUGCCAGGGAGACGGACGGAAAGCAGAGAGGAUGAUGCGCCUAAAACCUUACACUAUGUAUAUAGCUUAAUAGCAGUGCAUGUAUAUAAAUGUUUGAGGCCGUAUUGGUAAAUUGUUUGGUUGCAUCUUAGCAGAGGUAACAGUCGUCCUACCCAAACAUAGAUCUCUUCCUUCAUUGCCAUUUGGCAAAAUGUAUGCCUGAGGGGCACCUUAUUAGGUCUAAAGUCACCGUUACACCCCACCUUUACCUGUGUACCCCGCUGCUUUGUGCGGCAAUGUGGGGUAAUUGCCACUUUGUU